GGUCGCGCCUGCUAUUCUUCAUCUCUUCCAUCUCAAACAUGAUCAUCAGCAUACGAUUCUAAGCUCUCGACAUGACAUCUCUGGGCAACGCCUCGACCGAGCCACCCCUCCUUCCUGUUUGAUCGUUCGCACCAGCGGCGAAGCGGGGCUGCGGAGCUCCCACCUGCCCCUUGCGGGGUACACUUCAUAAUGAUGUAUAGGCUAACGACGACUUUUGAACUUCUAGAAAAGUCUCGGUGUUCUGGCGAAGUUCUUGUACCGUAAAACGAACACAGAAGUUCGCGUUUCUUCACAGACAGACCUCCCAUUCAAUUCAUUGCAAACAUGUCAGCCGCUCAAGCGCUCCGCCAAAAGCAAGCCCCGAUCAAAGACGGAUACCGCAGCGACCCGUCCUCCGCCGUUGUCACCCUCAAGUCGACUGGCUCGCUUGAUGACCAUUCGAUAACAUGCAAGUUGUCCGAUAGCUCCGCCGUCAAGGAAGCGCAUAGGGUAGCCGGCCUGCACCAAAAGGCUGGCGGCGACGACCCAGCGAUAUCUGGGGAACUAUGCUCUGGUGAUAUGCUCCUCGAUGCCCUCGUAGCCUGCUCAGGCGUUACCCUAAAGGCCGUCGCUACCGCUCUUGGCAUACCCAUCGCCUCCGGAACCGUCACCGCAGAAGGAGAUUUGGAUUUCAAGGGCACACUGGGCGUAGACAGGACAGCCCCUGUUGGUAUAACGGGCAUACGGUUGGAGUUUGCGGUCAAGUUUGGGGAGAGAGAAGAUGGCAGGGAGGUCAGCGAAGAAGAAAUCGAGAAGUUGGGCAAGUUGACAGAGAGGUACUGUGUGGUACUGCAGACGCUGGUACAUAAACCUACCAUUGCUGUCAGGCUUGCCGGAAGUGGUGGCGGGAAAGAGGGUGACGGUGUUAGUAGGGAGGUGUCACAUAAGAGCGAAUUGUAGCUACGGAAUGUAAGUUGAUUUAAGUUACGCUGUUUAGGUGAGUAUAACAGUGCACAUCCAGUACCUCUACACUAUGACUGCGUACUUCCCUACAUCGCUCCAUCUCAACCUAUCUCAUAUCAAUGGGAUGAAUCUCGCCAUCAUAGUCAUCAUGCAUCUGAUAAGGCGAGGGAACAAACCUUUCACUAAAGCUUCAAAC